UCAUUUAUAAUAUAUUAUAGAAAUGCAAGAUCCAGUGAGGUGCUUUUUCUGUGGCGGUGGAAUGAAGAACUGGGCGUACGGAGACAGUCCUUGGAUUGAGCACGCGAGAUGGUUCCCGGCGUGCGCAUACUUAAAACAAUGCAAAGGAGAAGAUUUUGUUAAUUUGUGCCAAAUGUCAAGUAUGACAUUUCCAACACUGAAUAAUUUUCAAUUGAGAGAUUUAGAUUCUCAUCGAACAACAAUUGUAGAAGAUCAAGAAAUUGUAGAUCUAAAUAGUAUUGCAGCUAAGCGUGUAUUUAAAAUGGGAUACAGUCAAACACAGAUAGAAGAUGCUAUCCGCCAUACUAGGCUUGUAGUAGGUCAAUCGGGUGUUCUCAAGGCGCAAAAUCUUCUAGAGUAUCUCCUAGACAAUUGUCAUUUAAACUCUGACGUCACUAGUCCACACACAUCGACAGCAGGAGAUGAACAAAAUAACUCACGAAGUACCGGGGAAGAUGUACCAUCUUCGAGCGAAUCAAAUACCUCCAAUAACACCAAUGGAAAUACUGCAGUGGAAGCAGAAGACAUUGAAGAGAGACAGUCAUUGAAAGAAGAAAAUCGUUUAUUGAAAGAACAAAUGAUGUGUAAAGUUUGUAUGGAUAAAGAUGCAAAUACAGUUUUCCUUCCAUGUGGACAUUUAGUAGCUUGCGAUGAUUGUGCGAAAGUGCUAAGAAAAUGUGCAGUGUGCCGGAAAAUAAUUCAAGGGACUGUACGGACAUACCCCGCCUAAAAACAUGAAACAUACAAAUACGACUUAACACUUGCUGUAGCAGCAGCCUGAAUAUAUAAAUACUAUAUUGUGCCAAAUGUAUCAUAUCAUAAUUUAAUUAAAUGUAAUUUGAAUU